AGAGAGGCCAAGGCCUGCAGAGGAAGUUGGCUUGGAGUCUUUGGGGAGAACAACCCAGAGCCAAAGGUCGCAAGGUGAAGCAGGAGAGGGGACCCGCCAGCCGCCAUCAUGGUCGCCCUGUCGCUCAAGAUCAGCAUUGGGAACGCGGUGAAGACCAUGCAGUUCGAGCCCUCCACCAUGGUUUACGACGCCUGCCGCAUCAUCCGGGAGCGGGUGCCCGAGGCGCAGAUGGGGCAACCCAACGAUUUUGGCCUCUUUCUGUCCGAUGAAGAUCCAAAGAAAGGCAUCUGGCUGGAGGCUGGGAAGGCUCUGGACUACUACAUGCUCCGCAAUGGGGACACCAUGGAAUACAAGAAGAAGCAGCGCCCACUGAAGAUCCGCAUGCUGGACGGGACGGUCAAGACGGUCAUGGUGGACGACUCCAAGACAGUCACGGAUAUGCUCAUGACCAUUUGCGCCAGGAUUGGCAUUACCAACUACGAUGAGUACUCUCUGGUGCGGGAACUGGCGGAGGAGAAGAAGGAGGAGCAGACGGGGACCCUCAAGAAGGACAAGACCCUCCUCCGUGACGAGAAGAAGAUGGAGAAGCUCAAGCAGAAGCUGCACACGGACGACGAGCUCAACUGGCUGGACCAUGGCCGCACGCUGAGGGAGCAGGGCAUCGACGACAGCGAGACGCUCCUCCUCCGGCGCAAGUUCUUCUACUCCGACCAGAACGUGGAUUCGCGGGACCCGGUGCAGCUCAACCUCCUCUACGUCCAGGCCCGUGACGACAUCCUGAACGGCUCCCACCCGGUCUCCUUCGACAAGGCCUGCGAGUUUGCCGGCUACCAGUGCCAGGUCCAGUUUGGGUCCCACAACGAACAGAAGCACAAGCCGGGAUUCCUGGACCUGAGGGACUUCCUGCCCAAGGAGUACAUCAAGCAGAAGGGGGAGCGCAAGAUCUUCAUGGCCCACAAGAACUGUGGCAACAUGAGUGAGAUUGAAGCCAAGGUGCGCUACGUGAAGUUAGCUCGCUCCCUCAAGACCUACGGCGUCUCCUUCUUCCUGGUCAAGGAGAAGAUGAAAGGCAAGAACAAGCUGGUCCCGCGCCUGCUGGGCAUCACCAAGGAGUGCGUGAUGCGGGUGGACGAGAAGACCAAGGAGGUCAUUCAGGAGUGGAGCCUCACCAACAUCAAGCGCUGGGCCGCCUCCCCCAAGAGCUUCACCCUGGAUUUUGGAGACUACCAGGACGGCUACUACUCUGUGCAGACCACCGAAGGGGAGCAAAUUGCCCAGCUGAUUGCCGGCUACAUUGACAUCAUCCUGAAGAAGAAAAAGAGCAAAGACCACUUUGGCCUGGAGGGCGACGAGGAGUCUACCAUGCUCGAAGACUCCGUUUCCCCCAAAAAGUCGACCGUCCUGCAGCAGCAGUUCAACCAGACGCACAAGGCGGAGCAUGGCUCGGUGGCCCUCCGCGCCCUCAUCCGCCCAGGGGCCGGGGGCCCCGAGAACUUCCAGAUGGGCUCCAUGCCCCAGGCCCAGCAGCAGGUCACCAGUGGACAGAUGCACCGGGGGCACAUGCCCCCCCUGACAUCGGCCCAGCAGGCCUUGACGGGGACCAUCAACUCCAGCAUGCAGGCCGUACACGCUGCCCAGUCCAACCUGGACGACUUCGAGAUGCUUCCGCCAUUGGGACAGGAUGCGGCCUCCAAGGCGUGGCGCAAGAACAAGAUGGACGAGUCCAAGCACGAGAUCCACUCCCAGGUGGACGCCAUCACGGCUGGCACGGCCUCGGUGGUCAACCUGACGGCUGGAGACCCCGCCGAGACGGACUACACAGCCGUGGGCUGCGCCGUCACCACCAUCUCCUCCAACCUGACGGAGAUGUCCAAGGGGGUCAAGCUCCUGGCCGCCCUGAUGGAGGACGAAGGGGGCAACGGGCGGCAGCUCCUGCAGGCCGCCAAGAACCUGGCCGGAGCCGUCUCGGACCUCCUCAAAACGGCACAGCCCUCCAGCGCUGAGCCUCGUCAGAACUUGCUUCAGGCAGCGGGGGCCGUGGGGCAGACGAGUGGGGAGCUGCUGCAGCAGAUUGGGGAGAGUGACACGGACCCCCACUUCCAGGACAUGCUGAUGCAGCUGGCCAAAGCCGUGGCCAGCGCAGCGGCCGCCUUGGUCCUGCAGGCCAAGAACGUGGCCCAGAAGACGGACGACUCGGUGCUGCAGACACAGGUGAUCGCGGCGGCCACCCAGUGCGCCCUCUCCACCUCCCAGCUGGUGGCCUGCACCAAGGUGGUGGCUCCCACGAUCAGCUCCCCCGUUUGCCAGGAGCAGCUGGUGGAGGCUGGGAAGCUGGUGGCCAAGUCGGUGGAGGGCUGCGUGGAUGCCUCCCAGGCGGCCACAGGCGAUGAGCAGCUCCUGAAGCAAGUGGGGGUGGCUGCCACGGCGGUCACCCAGGCCCUCAACGACCUGCUGGAGCACAUCAAGCAGCACGCCAUGGGCGGCCAGCCCAUCGGCCGCUACGACCAGGCCACCGACACCAUCCUCAACGUCACCGAGAACAUCUUCAGCUCCAUGGGGGACGCAGGGGAAAUGGUGCGCCAGGCCCGGAUCCUGGCCCAGGCCACCUCCGACCUGGUGAAUGCCAUCAAGGCCGAUGCCGAGGGGGAGACGGACCUGGAGAACUCGCGCAAGCUGCUCAGCGCAGCCAAGAUCCUAGCAGAUGCCACGGCCAAGAUGGUGGAAGCCGCCAAGGGGGCUGCGGCCCACCCGGACAGCGAGGAGCAGCAGCAGCGCUUGCGGGAGGCGGCUGAAGGGCUCCGGAUGGCCACCAACGCAGCAGCCCAGAACGCCAUCAAGAAGAAGCUGGUCCACAGGCUGGAGCAUGCAGCCAAACUGGCAGCUGCUGCCGCCACCCAGACCAUUGCCGCUGCCCAGCACGCUGCCACGACCAACAAGAACCCGGCUGCCCAUCAGCAGUUGGCCCAGAGUUGCAAGGUGGUGGCCGAGCAGAUCCCGAUGCUGGUGCAGGGGGUGCGUGGGAGCCAGGCCCAGCCGGACAGCCCCAGCGCCCAGCUCUCCCUCAUCUCUGCCAGCCAGAACUUCCUGCAGCCGGGAGGAAAGAUGGUGGCGGCUGCCAAGGCCACAGUGCCCACCAUUGCAGACCAGGCCUCCGCCAUGCAGCUCAGCCAAUGCGCCAAGAACCUGGCGGGGGCCCUAGCCGAAUUACGAACCGCUGCUCAGAAGGCCCAGGAAGCCUGUGGGCCCCUGGAGAUCGAUUCGGCCCUCAGCCUGGUGCAGAGCCUGGAGAGGGACCUGCAGGAAGCCAAGGCGGCCGCCCGGGACGGAAAGCUGAAGCCCCUUCCAGGGGAGACGAUGGAGAAAUCGGCCCAGGACCUUGGGAACAGCACCAAAGCCGUCAGCUCUGCCAUUGCCCAGCUGCUGGGAGAGGUGGCCCAGGGCAAUGAGAACUACACAGGGAUCGCGGCCCGGGAUGUGGCCCACGCGCUGCGCUCCCUCAGCCAGGCGGCACGCGGCGUAGCGGCCAACACGGAAGACCCCCAGGUGCAGGCGGCCGUCCUGGACUGCGCUGGAGACGUCAUGGACAAGGCCGGCAACCUGAUUGAGGAGGCCCGCAAGGCCGUGGCCAAACCAGGAGACCCGGAGAGCCAGCAGCGCUUGGCACAGGUGGCCAAGGCCGUCUCGCAAGCCCUCAACCGCUGCGUGAACUGCCUGCCAGGGCAACGGGAUGUGGACGCUGCCAUUCGUACCAUCGGCGAGGCAAGCAAGAGGCUCCUAGCUGAAUCAUUUCCACCAAGUGCCAAGAACUUCCAGGAGGCCCAGAGCCACUUGAACCAGGCCGCAGCCGGUCUCAACCAGUCCGCCAAUGAGCUGGUGCAGGCCUCAAGAGGCACCGCCCAGGACCUGGGCAAAGCUUCCGGCAAGUUUGGCCAAGACUUCAAUGAGUUCCUUCAGGCUGGCGUGGAGAUGGCCGGCCAGUCCCCGUCCAAGGAGGCCCAGGCCCAGGUGGUCUCCAACCUGAAGAGCAUCUCCAUGUCAUCCAGCAAGCUCCUGCUGGCCGCCAAGGCCCUCUCGGCUGACCCUGCUGCCCCCAACCUCAAAAACCAACUGGCGGCCGCUGCUCGCGCAGUGACGGACAGCAUCAACCAGUUAAUCACCAUGUGCACUCAGCAAGCGCCAGGACAGAAGGAGUGUGACAACGCCCUGAGGGAGCUGGAGACUGUGCGGGAGCUUCUGGAGAACCCCACUCAGGCGGUCAAUGACAUGUCCUACUUCAACUGCCUGGACAGUGUCAUGGAGAACUCCAAGGUCCUGGGGGAGGCCAUGGCGGGCAUUUCCCAGAAUGCCAAGAACAGCAAGCUGCCCGAGUUUGGCGAGUCCAUCAGCACUGCCUCCAAAGCCCUCUGCGGUUUCACCGAAGCCGCUGCCCAGGCAGCCUACUUGGUCGGCGUCUCCGAUCCCAACAGCCAGGAAGGGCAGCAAGGCUUGGUGGACCCCACCCAGUUUGCUCGUGCCAACCACGCCAUCCAGAUGGCCUGCCAGAACCUCAUCGACCCGGCCUGCACUCAGUCCCAGGUCCUGUCGGCAGCCACCAUCGUGGCCAAGCACACGUCCGCCCUCUGCAACACCUGCCGCCUGGCCUCCUCCCGCACGGCCAACCCGGUGGCCAAGCGCCAGUUCGUCCAGUCGGCCAAGGAAGUGGCCAACAGCACCGCGAACCUCGUCAAGACCAUCAAGGCCCUGGACGGGGCGUUCACCCCAGAGAACCGGGAACGCUGCCGCGAAGCCACGGCUCCCCUCAUCGAGGCCGUGGACAACCUGACCGCCUUUGCCGCCAACCCCGAGUUUGCCACCGUCCCGGCUCAGAUCAGCCCAGAGGGCCGCAGAGCCAUGGAGCCCAUCGUCGCCUCGGCCAAGACCAUGCUGGAAAGCUCUGCCGGCCUCAUCCAGACCGCGCGCUCACUGGCCGUCAACCCGAAGGACCCGCCCAAGUGGUCUGUCCUGGCUGGACACUCCCGGACUGUCUCCGACUCCAUCAAGAAACUCAUCACCAACAUGAGGGACAAGGCACCCGGGCAGCGCGAGUGCGACGAGGCCAUUGAGCAGCUGACCAAGAGCAUCCGGGAUGUGGACCAGGCUUCCUUGGCCGCCAUUAGCCAGCAGUUGGCCCCCCGUGAGGGCAUCUCCCACGAGGCCUUGCACAACCAGAUGAUGACCGCCGUCCAGGAGAUCAGCAACCUCAUUGAGCCGGUGGCUGGAGCCGCCCGAGCCGAAGCCUCCCAGCUUGGGCACAAGGUCUCUCAGCUGGCUCAGUACUUUGAGCCCCUGGUGCUGGCAGCCGUGGGUGCCGCCUCCAAGAUGCUCAACCACCAGCAGCAGAUGAACCUCCUGGACCAGACCAAGACGCUGGCUGAGUCGGCCCUCCAGAUGCUCUACACGGCCAAGGAGGCCGGCGGAAACCCCAAGCAAGCGCCCCACACCCAGGAAGCCCUGGACGAGGCUGUGCAGAUGAUGAAGGAAGCCGUGGAGGACCUCACCGCCACCCUGAAUGAGGCUGCCAGCGCAGCAGGGGUGGUGGGCGGCAUGGUGGACUCCAUCACCCAAGCCAUCAACCAGCUGGAUGAAGGACCGGUAGGGGAACCGGAUGGGGCCUUUGUGGACUACCAGACGACCAUGGUGAAGACCGCCAAGGCCAUCGCUGUGACUGUCCAAGAGAUGGUCACCAAAUCGACCACCAACCCAGAUGAAUUGGGCACGUUGGCCAACCAGCUUACCAGCGACUAUGGACAGCUAGCCCACCAGGCCAAGCCAGCAGCCAUUACAGCCGAGAACGAGGAGAUUGGCUCCCACAUCAAGAACCGUGUGCAGGAGCUGGGCCACGGCUGUGCCGCUCUCGUGACCAAGGCCGGUGCGCUCCAGUGCAGCCCCAGCGACGCUUACACCAAGAAGGAGCUGAUCGAGUGCGCACGAAGGGUCUCCGAGAAGGUCUCCCACGUCCUGGCAGCCCUGCAGGCCGGCAACCGGGGCACCCAGGCCUGCAUCACCGCGGCCAGCGCCGUGUCCGGCAUCAUCGCCGACCUGGACACCACCAUCAUGUUCGCCACAGCCGGCACCCUCAACCGGGAGAACGCAGAGACGUUUGCUGACCACAGGGAGGGCAUCCUGAAGACGGCAAAGGCGCUGGUGGAGGACACCAAGGUGCUGGUGCAGAACGCCACCGCCAGCCAGGAGAAGCUGGCCCAAGCUGCCCAGUCCUCCGUGGCCACCAUCACGCGCCUGGCCGAAGUGGUCAAGCUGGGCGCUGCCAGCCUGGGCUCCGAAGACCCUGAAACUCAGGUGGUCUUGAUCAACGCAGUGAAGGAUGUGGCCAAAGCUCUGGGCGAUCUCAUCAGCGCCACGAAGGCCGCAGCCGGCAAAUCUGGCGAUGACCCGGCGGUCUACCAGCUGAAGAAUUCGGCAAAGGUGAUGGUCACCAAUGUCACUUCGCUGCUGAAGACGGUGAAGGCAGUGGAGGACGAGGCCACCAAGGGCACGCGGGCGCUGGAGGCCACCAUCGAGCACAUCCGCCAGGAGUUGGCCGUCUUCUCCUCCCAGGUGCCCCCUGCCAAGACCUCCACGCCCGAGGACUUCAUCCGCAUGACCAAGGGCAUCACUAUGGCCACGGCCAAGGCGGUGGCGGCCGGCAACUCGUGCCGACAGGAGGACGUGAUCGCCACCGCCAACCUCAGCCGCCGCGCCAUCGCCGACAUGCUGCGUUCUUGCAAGGAGGCAGCCUACCAUCCGGACGUGAGCGGGGAGGUGCGCCACCGGGCCCUGCGCUUUGGCCAGGAGUGCGCCAGCGGAUACCUGGAGCUCUUGGAGCACGUGCUGGUGGUCCUACAGAAGCCAAGCCACGAUCUGAAGCAGCAGUUGGCCGCCUACUCCAAGCGGGUGGCCGGAUCCGUCACAGAACUCAUCCAGGCGGCUGAAGCUAUGAAAGGAACGGAGUGGGUGGACCCCGAAGACCCCACGGUCAUUGCAGAGAAUGAACUGCUGGGAGCAGCAGCAGCCAUUGAGGCUGCGGCCAAGAAGUUGGAGCAGCUGAAGCCCAGGGCCAAGCCCAAGCAAGCGGACGAGAGCCUGAACUUUGAGGAGCAGAUCCUGGAGGCGGCCAAGUCCAUCGCGGCGGCAACCAGCGCCUUGGUCAAGGCGGCAUCGGCGGCCCAGAGGGAGCUGGUGGCCCAAGGGAAGGUGGGUGCCAUUCCGGCCAACGCUCUGGACGACGGUCAGUGGUCCCAAGGCCUCAUUUCAGCGGCCCGGAUGGUGGCCGCGGCCACGAACAACCUGUGCGAGGCAGCCAACGCAGCGGUGCAGGGCCACGCCAGCGAGGAGAAGCUCAUCUCUUCGGCCAAGCAGGUGGCGGCCUCCACGGCUCAGCUGCUGGUGGCCUGCAAGGUCAAGGCCGACCAGGACUCCGAAGCCAUGCGGCGACUGCAGGUGGGCCCAGGGACCGAGGGAGGGGUCGCCUGGGGGGGGGGCAUCUCUAGGAGGGCAGGGGGCUGUGGAGCCUGUGCUGCAUGCUUAUCGCGCAUGGAAAGAAUGCCAGGCAUGGAGGAGCUGGAAGAGCGGGCAGGAGGUGCAGCUGCCAUCAAAGCCAGACCCCAGAGGGAGGGACUGCGGACGAUCGUGGGGGGCAGGAGCCUCUCCUCCCAUCCUCAGCCAGAGCCCACCUUGAGUGGCCUGGCUAUGCAGAGACCUGCCACCUGGGACAGGUGCCCCUAG